AUGGCGGGUCUGCGGGCUGCUGCGCCGGCCGCUUGGGCACCUUGUCGUAGCUGGUGCUCGGCGGCCGCUUCUUUCGGUUUGCACCGCGGCCUCCGCGCCUUACUUGCACAGAGCCCCGAGCGGGUGCCACGGUGGCUUCCAGGUUGCAGACAAAAGGCUUCUCUCUCUAUCCUUAAACGGCCAGACCUUCCAAACCUGGCUUACAAGAAGCUAAAAGGCAGAAGCCCAGGAGUUAUCUUCAUCCCUGGCUAUUAUUCUAAUAUGAAUGGUACAAAAGCACUGGCAAUUGAAGAGUUUUGCAAAUCUCUAGGUCAAGCCUAUAUAAGGUUUGAUUUCUCAGGAAUUGGAAGUUCAGAUGGCAUCUUAAGAGACUGUACGCUGGGAAAAUGGAGAAAAGAUGUCCUUUCUAUAAUUGAUGACUUAGCUGAUGGUCCACAGAUUCUAGUUGGAUCUAGCCUAGGUGGAUGGCUAAUGCUUCAUGCAGCUAUUGCACGGCCAGAAAAAAUUGUUGCACUUAUUGGCAUAGCUGCAGCUACAGAUAGUAUAGUGACACAGUUUAAUCAGCUUUCUGUUGAGGCAAGAAAAGAAAUAGAGGUGAAAGGUGAGUGGAUAAUAUCCUCAAGAUGUAGCGAACAAGUUUCUCACAUUCCGUACAGCUUUAUUAAGGAAGCAGAACACCACUGCUUGUUGCAUAGCCCAAUUCCUGUGAACUGUCCUAUACGAUUGCUCCACGGCAUGAAGGACGACAUUGUACCUUGGCAAACCUCCAUGCAUAUUGCUGACAGAGUAAUCAGCACAGACGUAGAUAUUAUCCUCCGAAAAGAUAGUGACCACCGAAUGAAGGAAAAGGCAGACAUUCAACUGAUUGUGUGCACUAUUGAUGACGUAAUUGAUAAACUUACAACUACAGCUUGA